AUGAGUGGAGUCUGGCGAGGUAUCAUCCCUGUGGGACUGGUGUGGCUGGUGUGUGGAGCCCAAGGGUUCCUGCUGCCGAAUGCCACCCAGCUUGAAAAACUGCUGAGCAAAUACCAGCAGGAUGGGUCUCAUGCCCGCGCCCGGAGGGCCAUUCCCAGGGCAGACAAGGAGGAGAUCCUCAUGCUACACAACAAACUGCGGGGCCAGGUGUACCCCACGGCCUCCAACAUGGAGUACAUGACCUGGGAUGAGGAGCUGGAGAAGUCAGCCACAGCCUGGGCCCAGGAGUGCAUAUGGGAGCACGGGCCCACCAGUCUGCUAGUGUCCAUCGGCCAGAACCUGGCUGUCCACUGGGGCAGGUACCGCUCUCCAGGCUUCCACGUGCAGUCCUGGUACGAUGAGGUGAAGGAUUACACUUACCCCUACCCCCACGAAUGUAACCCCUGGUGUCCUGAGAGGUGUUCCGGAGCCAUGUGUACUCAUUAUACACAGAUAGUCUGGGCCACUACCACCAAAGUCGGCUGUGCCGUGCACACCUGCAGGAGCAUGAACGUCUGGGGAGAUAUCUGGGAGAACGCAGUCUAUCUCGUCUGCAACUAUUCUCCAAAGGGCAACUGGAUUGGAGAAGCCCCCUACAAAAACGGGCGGCCCUGUUCGGAGUGCCCUCCUAGCUACGGAGGUAGCUGCAAGGACAACCUGUGUUACCGAGAGACCUACAACCAAAAAUCUGAGACAGAUGAAAUGAACGAGGUGGAGACUGCUCCGCUUCCAGAAGAGAAACACGUGUGGAUCCAGCCGAGGGUGGCCAGGCCCACGAAGCCCAGUAGAAGCGCUGUGGUCAGCUACAUGGCCCAGGUUGUCCGGUGUGACACCAAGAUGAAGGACAAAUGCAAGGGUUCCACGUGCAACAGGUAUCAGUGUCCGGCAGGCUGCUUGAAGAACAAGGCAAAGCUUUUUGGAACAGUCUUUUACGAAAGCUCGUCUAGCAUCUGCCGCGCGGCAAUCCACUCCGGAGUCAUCGAUGACCAGGGAGGCCUGGUAGAUGUCACCAGGAACGGAAAGGUCCCUUUUUUCGUCAAGUCGGACAGGCACGGCGUGGAGUCUUUGAGUAAAUACAAGGCUUCCAGUUCAUUCAUGGUUUCAAAAGUGAAAGUGCAGGACCUGGACUGCUACACCACGGUUGCUCAACUCUGUCCAUUUGAGAAGCCAACCACUCACUGCCCAAGAGUCCACUGCCCUGCACACUGCCAAGACCAGCCAUCGUACUGGGCUCCUGUGUUCGGAACCAACAUCUAUGCAGAUACCUCCAGCAUCUGCCGGACAGCAGUACAUGCAGGCGUCAUCAGGAACGACAGCGGGGGCUAUGUGGAUCUGAUGCCCAUCGACAAGAAGAAGAGCUAUGUGGGUUCGCUCAAGAACGGAGUUCAGUCAGAAAGCUUGCGGACCCCUCGAGACGGAAAGGCCUUCCGGAUCUUCGCGGUCCGGGAGUAG